AUGAAGAGACCAUGUAAACGGCCUCGUCUAUCCCUCGCGGGCGAUCCGGAAGACCCGCCAGACGACGCAGAUCUGGAAAGAGCUCGUGCGCAGAACGAUCUUCGGCUUAAGUCGAUUUUCGAGGAGAUUUUCGAGAAGUACGGGAAGGAUUUCACGGAUGUGGGAGAUGAGAUUGAUCUUAGUACAGGGAAGAUCGUUGUGGACAACGGACAUAUUUCGCAUAUGCGAGGGGAAUAUGAUGCUGGCAACAUAGCACUGUGGGAUUUCAAAGCCGAUAUUCAUCCGUCAGAUGGCCGAAGGCCUAAUGGUGUCUCGGUCGAAAACAUCACUCAGGAUACUAACGGUGGAUCAGCAAUUAAUCUGCCAGAUAAUGCGGGAAAUCAGGCAACAUCUGGGUUUACAUUGAAUGCAGAUUUUCAAGCUGCGGUAUCAGGCCCUAAUGCAAAAGAGAUCCCGCGGGAGAGGCAAGGAGAGGGGACGCACGGUAAUGCUGACGAUGACGACAAAGCCAGCAUCGAUUCCUUGCUUGAUACUGCCUUCAGCGUUUACCAGGACCCGCAACAUGCUGCAGAGCAUGUAAUGGAUGCCGACGAUGGUUCCACCGCAUUCAGGAAGACUCUCAUUUCGGAUCUUCCUCGAUAUAUUGGCGAAAACGAACACGUGCCAGUGGACCCAAUAUGGCAUGUCCCUGAAAUCCCUGAACGGUUCUCAACGCCGGCUUCUGCGAAGCAGUCUAGUAAACCAGUUGAUACACUGAACACAGCACGAUCUGCAUCCCCACCGGGAGUAGGCUCUCUGUGGGCACCUCCCUCAGAGCGUCGGGCGAACACAAACGUCUCAAAGAAACGCGGGAGGAAAAGUGCUCUUUCUGAGCAGCCACGACGCAUACACUAUUCAAGUCCUGUCGUGCAGGAUUGGAAAUUUGCUGAACCACCGGAUGGGAGCGAAUCUGACGAUCCCUUACAAGAGGAGUAUCAUGCAUCUCCGACUCCAAAGAGACCCCUUUAUGUCGGAGGGAAACGCACCGCUCCUGCGGAUCUAUAUUACUGCAGCUAUUGCAGAAUGUCUUUCUCUCGUCGCGAAUACAUAUUACACCUUGAAUCCGUUCUAUCGUCUAACGAUGAGAAUGGCUCUCAUGAUCCUACAGGAGUCCAGGAGAUGCUAGUCUUAAUGAAUAACACGGGUUCGGAGCACCGGUCUACGGCAAUUGAUCCUGCCGUUUCCGUGGCCAACAAAGCUGCAUACGAAUCAAAUUACGGUCCCGCCAGGGAUCAGUCUUCUGUCAAAAGUAACAAGCGGUUUAGGAUGACACCGGAUGAGGCACGGCUAAUCAUUAACAUGAAACACAUCCAGCAAAAGAAGUGGAAAGAGAUUCUGUAUUUUAUGCCUGGAAAGUCUUUAUCGGGUUUAAUUGGCUGGAAUAAACUACAUUGGAAUGACCGUCUGCUUAAUCCACCUCGUCAUUCAAAGCCAUGGUCAGAAGCAGAACGGGAAAAGCUAAAUAGCUUGAAGGACAAACAAGGUCUUACCUGGUCUACUGUAAGGAGUGAAUUUCCAGGUCGCACACAUGCGGAGCUUGAAUUUGAGUUGCUGCGUCUCUGGGCGGGGGGUGAGAUUGGGAGCUGCAACUAA